AUGGCCACUAUGAGAUCUGACCAAAUUGCGGUUCCCAAUGAUGAAGAAGAGGCGCUAAAAUUCGUUUUUAACUCGACAAAAGAUUUCCUGCUUGCGGAUCCAUUUGUACAGCUUUUGAGGUCUCGACACGAUGGAAGAGACCUUCAAAAUCUGUCGGAUAAAUUAUUGCUUCAGGAGCAUGAUGCAGUUCUGGAAGAAGACGAGGAGGGAAGCGGAUGGAUCACGGUGGAAGACGCGCAGAAGUUGGCGAAGGUUUUAAAUAUUCAGGACAUUUUUGAAGCAGUAACGCAGGGCUCUGAAAUUGAUACUGAUGAAGACGAGCCCUUACCGAAGAGACCAAACACUGACGUUGGGAUCCACUUGGGUUCGCCGCUGAAAAAAUUGAAACCUUACGCCGCGACAUCCAUCACGACUUUCACGCAUGAUUUGGAUAUUCCAACCCCUGUGAGCAUCCAGCCUGCAAGAAAGCCUAUUUCAAAAUUUUCGAACGAGGAACGCGUGAAAUUAGAAACCCUUUUACAACAAAUCCUAUUCCCAGAAGCUCAGGCUCCAAGAUUUGAGUCGGUUCUCGCCGAACUCCAAAACUCCUAUCCAAAUACGAAACUGAACUUUAACAUUUCAAUUGAUGAGUAUGGGAAUACGCCACUCCACUGGCUGUGUUCAAUCGCCAAUAUUGGUCUGAUUAAAGACCUCAUUCGCAAUGGCAGCGACCGUCUUUUAAGUGACAAAUCCGGCGAGACUUGUUUAGUGAAAGCCGUGAAAUCUGUCAACAAUUACGAUUCUGGUACAUUUGAGGAGUUGCUUGACUAUCUCUAUCCGUGCUUAAUCCUCGUAGAUGACAUGAAUCGGACCGUCCUUCACCACAUUGUUAUAACGUCGGGAAUGCCCGGAUGCGCCGCUGCUGCCAAAUAUUACCUUGAUAUACUUAUGGGAUGGAUUGUCAAGAAGCAAGGCAGAGAGAUAUUUGGUGAAGUGGAUCCAGUGAUUGCUGUUCUUGAUCUCAAAUGGUUCAUAACCAAUAUUGUUAACGCACGAGAUGUUAACGGAGAUACAUGUCUAAAUAUAGCUUCGCGCCUGGGAAAUGUAUCGAUAGUCGAAGCUCUUUUAGACUACGGCGCGGACCCACAAAUUUCAAAUAAUUCCGGUCUCCGUCCCGUUGAUUUUGGAGCUGGUGCUUCUCAAAAUGACACGCUCGCUGUCAAGCCAAAAACUGAAAACGGACAUAUGCCCGCUGGUCCAGAUCCAUCCGCACUCAUCAACAGCAUUCAGUCUCUUUUAAAGACAAUAUCGCAAGAUUACGAUACAGAAAUGAGCCAACAUAAAGAGCAACUGAGAAGACUCCACUCAGAGCUGGAUACUCAGAGAGAGCUUCUUGCAACUUCAAGGGAUAAACUCGCAAGAGCGAGACAGUUGAGAGAUGAUCACUGUCAACUCACCGAACAGCUCGCUAACAUUCAGCUUGCCAUUAGGGAGGAGGAUGCUAAUUUCAAGAAGGUAAGCGCAGAAUUAGGAAUCGAUGACGAGUCAUUUGACAUGGCUGAAUUUGAUGCCGAUGAGCCUUUCAGAGUAGACUUCAUUUACGAAUUCCUAGAAAAAAAGCUUCAAGAAGACUUUGAUGGGAAUUUCCAAAAGCUUAUGAGCGAGGUCUCUGUUAGCGAUCUCGCUGCCAAGCUUAUGGAAGAAAACUCUGGGAGAGAGGAAUUUUCUAUACCGCCCGCUGUCCUGCUGAAAGCCCGCAUUCGUGCCUAUGAAAGAAAUGAAGAAAAACUAGAUGAAAGCCUGGGGGCGGUUUAUAGGAAGCAAUCAGACCUAGAGAGUCGCUUUAGAAGAGUUCUUUCCUUAUGCCUAAAAGUCGAUGAGGAUAAAGUAGAUGGGAUGCUGGACGGUCUGCUUCAGGCUAUCUCAACCGAGGACCCAGAGGAUAUAGAUACGGAGGAAAUGCAGGAUUUCCUAAAAAAGCAUGCGGUUUAA